AACAAUAACCAGACCCCCUCUCUCACUCCCACUCCAUCUACUUCUCUCUCUCUCUCAACCAAACCGUGGAAGGGAAAAGCAAAAUGCAACUCCUCCUUUUGCUUCUCCUUCUGCUCCACUUCCACAUACAUCCGGCCCUCUCAGGCGGCCGCAUCUUCCCGGAAUACAGAGCCCUCCUCUCCGUCAAGUCCUCCAUCACCGAAGACCCACAAUCAGCUCUUUCUACCUGGAACGCCUCCACUAGCCACUGCACCUGGUCGGGUGUCACAUGUCAACCCUCACGUCGCCGGGUGACCGUCCUCGACCUCUCCGGCCUUAACCUCUCUGGUAGUCUUUCCCCGGACCUGGCUCACCUCCGUUUCCUGUCCAACCUUUCCGUCGCAUCGAAUCGGUUCUCCGGGGCCAUCCCCGCCGAGCUCUCUUCUCUCUCCGCCCUCCGCGUCCUCAAUCUCUCCAGCAAUGGCUUCAACGGCACUUUCCCAUCCCAGCUCUCCCUUCUCAAGAACCUUCAGGUGUUGGAUCUCUACAACAACAACAUGACCGGUGACUUGCCCUUGGCCGUCACUCAAAUGCCCAACUUACGCCAUUUGCAUCUCGGCGGUAACUUCUUCUCGGGUGCGAUCCCGUCCCAGUACGGGCAAUGGGAGUUCCUGGAAUACUUGGCUUUAUCCGGUAACGAGCUCCAAGGUCCUAUACCGCGCGAGAUCGGAAACUUGACCAACCUCAGGGAGCUCUACAUGGGAUACUACAAUAUGUACGAAGGUGGCGUACCCCCGGAGAUCGGGAACCUAUCGGAACUAGUUCGUUUCGACGCCGCCAGCUGUAACUUAUCUGGUGAGAUACCACCAGAGAUUAGCAGGCUCCAGAAGCUUGACACUUUAUUUUUGCAAGUAAAUGCGCUCUCCGGGCCUUUAACCGUCGAGCUCGGGAACUUGGUGAGCUUGAAAUCCUUGGACUUGUCGAAUAACGUUUUUACAGGCGAGAUUCCAGCGUCGUUUGCCGAGCUAAAGAACUUGACGCUGCUGAACUUGUUUAGAAACAAACUCCACGGCGCAAUUCCUGAGUUUAUUGGUGACAUGCCGGAGCUGGAGGUGUUACAGUUGUGGGAGAACAACUUUACGAGGAUGAUUCCUCAGGGGCUGGGAAAGAACGGGAAGCUUCAGCUUCUCGAUCUCUCAACGAAUAAACUGACUGGGACUCUGCCUCCAGAUAUGUGUUAUGGGAAUCGUCUUGAGACUCUGAUUUCUUUGGGGAAUUUCUUGUUCGGUCCAAUCCCGGAAUCACUCGGGAAGUGCCAGUCGCUGAGUCGGAUCCGAAUGGGGCGCAACUUUCUCAACGGUUCAAUACCAAGAGGGCUUUUCGGGCUACCCAAUCUGACCCAAGUGGAGCUGCAGGAUAACUAUCUUACAGGGGAGUUUCCGGAUACCGAUUCUAUCCCGGCGAGUCUUGGCCAGAUCAGCCUCUCCAACAACCGGCUUUCCGGGCCGUUACCUCCAAGUAUUGGCAACUUCUCUGGUGUUCAGAAGCUUUCCCUCGAUGGUAAUAAGUUCUCAGGUCGAAUCCCACCCCAAAUUGGGAGGUUACAGCAACUUUCGAAGCUGGACCUCAGCCACAACGAAUUCUUGGGCCCCAUUGCUCCCGAACUCAGCCAAUGCAAGUCGUUGACCUUCAUCGAUCUUAGCCGAAACCAGCUCUCCGGCGAGAUACCGAACGAGAUGACUGGUAUGAGGAUUCUAAAUUACCUGAACAUUUCGAGAAACCAUCUGGUUGGUAGCGUUCCUGCUUCAAUAGCGACUAUGCAAAGCUUGACCUCUGUUGAUUUUUCUUAUAACAACCUCUCUGGUUUGGUUCCGGCCACUGGCCAAUUCAGCUACUUCAACUCCACGUCGUUUGUGGGCAACCCUGACCUCUGCGGUCCUUAUUUGGGUCCUUGCAAGGAAGGGGUCACCAAUGCUGCCGGCCAGGCGCACGGGAAAGGUCCCCUCUCUGGUUCUUUGAAGCUAUUGCUUGGGAUUGGGUUGCUUCUUUGUUCGAUUAUCUUCGCAGUGGCGGCAAUCUUCAAAGCCCGGUCGUUGAAGAAGGCCAGCGAGGCUCGCGCGUGGAAACUGACCGCAUUCCAACGGUUGGACUUCACGGCCGAUGAUGUUUUGGAUUGCUUGAAGGAGGAUAACAUUAUAGGCAAAGGUGGUGCUGGUAUCGUGUACAAGGGAUCGAUGCCUAAUGGUGAGCAUGUCGCCGUGAAAAGACUACCGGUAAUGAGCAGGGGUUCUUCCCAUGACCAUGGAUUCAAUGCGGAGAUUCAGACCCUGGGGAAGAUUAGGCAUCGUCACAUUGUGAGAUUACUGGGUUUCUGCUCAAACCACGAGACCAAUCUUCUGGUUUAUGAGUAUAUGCCAAAUGGGAGCUUGGGUGAAGUUCUUCACGGCAAGAAAGGGGGUCAUUUGCUCUGGGAUACUAGGUAUAAGAUUGCCGUGGAGGCUGCAAAGGGUCUUUGCUAUCUUCACCACGACUGCUCGCCACUCAUCGUCCAUCGAGACGUGAAAUCAAACAACAUUCUGCUCGACUCCGGUUUCGAAGCACAUGUUGCUGACUUCGGCCUGGCCAAGUUUCUGCAAGAUUCGGGCACUUCCGAGUGCAUGUCUGCAAUUGCUGGCUCCUACGGAUACAUAGCCCCAGAGUAUGCCUAUACUCUUAAGGUCGAUGAAAAGAGCGAUGUCUACAGCUUUGGUGUGGUUCUCUUAGAACUGGUUACAGGCAGGAAACCAGUUGGGGAAUUCGGGGAUGGUGUGGACAUAGUCCAAUGGGUUCGAAAGAUUACAGACUCAAAAAAGGAGGGAGUCAUCAAAAUUCUCGACCCAAGGCUACCUUCACUUCCUCUACAAGAAGUGAUGCACGUAUUCUACGUUGCAAUGAUGUGUGUUGCAGAGCAGGCAGUGGAGCGCCCAACAAUGCGCGAGGUGGUUCAGAUCCUAACCGAGCUUCCAAAACCACCGAGCUCUAAACAGGGAGACUCAACAUAUAAUAACAUAAUCACAGAAUUAUCACCACCACCACCAGGCACUGCCCUACACUCUCCGACCACCACAACGACCAUAGACUCGAACGACAGCCAACAUGCACCACCUCAAUCACCACCACCCGAUCUGCUAAGCAUUUGAAGUGCUUUUAGUUCAUUGGAGAUGAUGGGAGUCUUUGUUCUGAAUUCAAGGAUUGUGUUAUUAGCUUUCAUUUUGCAGGGUUCUUUAAUUUUUGUUAUCUGGGGGGGUGGGUUUGGCCAGUUUGGUCUCAACUUUUAAGGAGUUUUCACUUUUUCACAAAAUGUUUAAAAGUUUGUGUAUAGUAGCAAUUGGUGGGUAUUUUUUUUUCUUAUUUCUCUGCUCCUUAUCAUGUAGUAGUACUACUAGCUGGCGCUUCAUCCUCUGCUAUUUUGUGUAUGGCAACAGCUGUUACUGUUCUUGGCCUGAUCCUCCAUCACUGUAAACAUCAAGUGGAGGGAGCCAGAGCGUUUUGAAGGUGCUUGUGACGUGUGAAUGGGGGGAAACUGAAGAUGAUUUAAAUGGGUUGGGUAUUAUUUGGUAUAGUAAAA